CUCAACUUCAAAUGAGAAUGCAUUUUUUCAUCUGAGAGUUUCUUCUAAUUCAUGGCUAGAAGAGAUCAAAUUCAUUGAUGAUCCAAUUUUGAUUUAAUAUCUGACAAUUUAUGCUCUUAGAUUCUUGAAUGGAUAGGUCGUGGCUUAUCGAUAGUCGAAGUCUCGCGAGGAAGGUGAUCAAUGCCGGCCUCCCUUCCGCUUGUCGGAUCAAGGAUAGUGAGGCGAAUACCCGGUGCCCCAAGUGCCAUCAUCUGAUAGACAACAGUGAAAGUUCGCACGAGUGGUCAGGCUUCCCUGCUGGUGUGAAAUUUGAUCCGUCCGAUGUGGAGCUGCUGGGUCAUUUGGCUGCAAAACGAGGCGCGGGGAACACAGAGCCCCACCUGUUAAUCGAUGAGUUCAUCCCGACUUUGGAGGGCGAAGGAGGAAUAUGUUGCACUCAUCCGAAAAAUCUUCCCGGAGCCAAGAUGGAUGGAAGCAGUGCUCAUUACUUCUAUAGAAUUGCCAACGCAUACGCUAGUGGCGGGAGGAAGCGCCGUAGAGUUGGGGAUCAAGAAAGCGCACGCGUGCGCUGGCACAAGACGGGCAAAACCAAGGCGGUGGUGGAAAACGGGAUCCGUAGAGGUUUUAAGAAAAUCAUGGUUCUUUACGAGACGUCGAAGAGGGGAUGCAAGGCCGAGAAGUGCGAUUGGGUGAUGCAUCAGUACCAUCUCGGGGGCGAUGAGCACGAGAAAGAGGGAGAAUAUGUGGUCUCGAAGAUCUUUCGUCAGCCCGAGAAGGAGAGUAAGAAGGUUGGAAGUGUUACUUUGGUGAAGGAAGAGUCGGAGGUUCCUGUGAUCCCGAUGACGCCUAAGACGACCACUCCCGACCCUCCUCGUUCGGACCAAACUCCGUAUUCGGAUUGCCACUUGGACGAUUAUUUCCUUCAGUUACUACUUCAGGAAUCCGAGCUUCUCAACGAACCAUAUCACGCUUCCUAUAGUUCCCGAUUAGAAGAUGUUGAGUUCACCACUUGCUUGGAUGAAAACACCGAAGCUGGUGAUUUCAGUCGACCGAACUCCCUAUCCUGCAACGAGAUAGUCGAGUCUAAAGAGGCAUUUGGUGACAUAAACGCCGUGCACAGCAGAGACACCACCGGUUGUUAUGGAAUAAGCGAGCUUGAGAACUUAGAACUCGACGCUGCGCCAGAUUUCAACUCACAGGAGUUGCAGUUUUCGUCCCAAGACAGCAUAUUCGAUUCGUUGGACCGACUGUAUUAGGACUCGAAACGUCCCAUUUUUGCACCUCUCGUGGUCCCCGAAUACAAGCAAUAAGAUUUUCGACUAAAAGGCAGAGUUGAUCGCGAAGAGAGAAGACGAGCGUGAGCCUAAUGAGGCGAAGAUUCAGGUUUGUCGAGGUGUGAAAUAUUAUAGUUACUAAACUAUGUAUAUGUAAAUGUGUUAAACAAUGUUGUUUGUAAUAAUAUUGGCUUUUGUCUUUGUACAUAU